GAUCCACGACGUCCGUUUCUUUAUCUCCUCCACCUCUUCUUCUUCUUCGCUGCUCUCCCCUAAAUUCUCUAUUCACCAGAGCCACCGAAUCCAAUACCGAUCCUCUCCCAAGUCAAUGGAUUCUCUACUGCCACUGCUCUUAUCUGUCUCACUAGGGCACUCCAUCUCCAUCCUCACAAUGCUUCAGCAGUCCCAUUGACUUCCCACUCCCCCGAAAGUCCACGAUCGGCGCCUUCCACGCCGGAAAUGGCGGCUUCUCCCGCGAACUUUCUGUUCGGGUUCUUGUUCCUCUCGAUCAUCCUGUGGCUUCUCUUAACUUUUGCUUCUGGAUUAAUAGCUUGGAUUUUGAGCAGACUAUUGGGGGGAGCAUUUGUUAGAUUUCGUGUUGCUGGCUGGAAAUGUUUGAGAGAUGUUGUGGUGAAAUUUAAAAAGGGUGCUGUUGAGAGCAUUUGCAUUGGUGAAAUCAGGUUAAGCCUUCGGCAAUCGUUAGUUAAACUUGGGGCUGGUUUUUUAUCCAGGGAUCCAAAAUUGCAGGUGUUAAUUAGUGAUUUGGAAAUUGUUAUGAGGACUUCAAGUAAAAGCACUCAAUCCUCUAAAAAAACAAGCUCUCGAUCUUCUCAUAGAUCCCGCAAGUCAGGAAGAGGAAAAUGGACAGUUGUGGCUAAUAUGGCUAGAUUUUUGUCAGUUUCUGUUACAGAGUUAGCUCUCAGAACACCAAAAGCUGCUGUGGAGGUAAAAGAACUGACUUUAGACAUAUCAAAAGAUGGUGGAUCCAAGCCAGCUUUGUUUGUGAAGUUGUUUCUUGUUCCUGUCCUUGUACACUUAGGUGAUACUCGGAGUAGUGAUGAUCGAUCAUUAGUUAAUGGUGAACCAUCUCCGCUCCACCAUACAUUGCUAUCUGUGACAGAAAGGACAUCUGCCCCUUUUAUAUGUGAAGAAUUUUCUGCUCUGCUUGAGUUUGGGCAUGAAAGGGAAUUUGGAGUAGUAGUCAAAGAUGUGGAUCUCAGAUGCAGAGAAGUUUUUGUAAACCUAAAUGAAGAGCUAUUACUGAAGAGGAAAAGCUCAGUAGCACAUGAAAUUUUGAAGACAACCUCAGAAUCUGGAGCAGGUCUAAAGCCUCAGAAAGAGCCAGCAGUACUGUCUAUCAAUAGAUAUGCCUCAAUGUUCCCUGAAAAGCUUAGCUUUACUUUACCUAAGUUGGAGUUGAAAUUUUUUCAUCACGGAGAAGGUCUUCUAGUGGAUAACAACAUCAUGGGCAUUCAACUAAAGGGAUCUAAAUCUAGAUCAAUUGAAGAUGUGGGAGAAAGUACACGGCUAGAUGUGCAGAUGGAAUUUAGUGAAAUUCAUCUACUCAAGGAGGCUGGCAUUUCUGUUAUGGAGAUUUUGAAACUGGAUGUUGUCUCAUCAGUUCAUAUUCCUCAUCAGCCUACCUCGCCCAUCGGGUUUGAAGUUGAUAUUAAGCUUGGAGGUGCCCAAAGCAAUCUAAUUCUAGCCAGGUUAACUCCGUGGAUGGAUCUUCAUGCGUUGAGGAAAAAGAAAGAGGCUGUUGAAAAUGAAAGAGGCUCUACUUCUGAAAGCCCAAAGCCUGCUGAACUCAAUGCCAUUAUGUGGACAUGCACAGUGUCUGCCCCAGAGAUGUCUGUUGUUCUUUAUGAUAUGAGUGGUUCACCCUUGUAUCAUGGCUGCUCACAAUCAUCACAUUUAUUUUCCAACAACAUGUCAAGUAUGGGCACAACACUACAUAUGGAACUUGGUGAUAUCAAUCUGCACAUGUUUGAUGAAUAUCAAGAAUGCUUAAAGGAGAGCCUUUUUGAGGUGGAAACAAAUACAGAGUCAUUAGUGCAUGUAUCAAAGAUCAGUGUUGAUUGGGGCAAAAAGAAUACAGAUUUGCCUGAAGGUGGCACCAACUCUAAGUUGGUUCUCUCAGUUGAUGUUACUGGCAUGGGAAUAAUUUUGAACUUCAGGCGCCUUGAAUCACUUAUAUCAACAGCCUCUUCCUUCAAAUCAGCAAUAAGAAGUUUAUCUGCUUCUAGCAAGAAACCUGCACAUAGACGGAGUAGAUUUUCGAAACAAUCAGGAAAGGGGAUUCAACUCAUAAGAUUUGAUCUUGAAAGAUGCUCUUUAACUUUCAGUGGAGACACUGGCUUAGAAAGUGCAGUUGUUGCAGAUCCCAAACGCGUUAAUUAUGGGUCUCAAGGUGGAGUUGUCAUGAUUAAUGUCUCUGCAGAUGGUACUCCUCGAACUGCAAAUAUAUAUUCUAUAGCCUCAGAGGAAUCAAGGAAACUGAAGUAUUCAGUUUCUCUUGAUGUCUCCCGCCUCAGUCUUUGCACAAAUAAGGAGAAACAAUCCACACAUGUGGAGCUUGAAAGAGCCAGAUCUGUGUAUCAAGAAUUUUUAGAAGAGAAUAAUCCUGGCACUAAAGUUACAUUGCUUGACAUGCAAAAUGCAAAAUUUGUGAGGCCACCGAGUGGCCUUAAAGAUGCUGCUGCCUGCUCUAUCUUCAGUGCUACUGAUAUAACAGUGAAGUGGGAUCCUGAUUUGCAUAUAUCAUUAUUCGAGUUUGGUUUGCAGUUGAAGUCAAUGGUUCACCUGCAUAAGCUCAUGGAAUCUAGGAAAGAAGCCAUAUAUGAUAAUGAGCGGAAUAAAGAGACAUUUGCAGAAUCAGUAGAUUUUGAGAAACUGAACAGGAAAAGAGAAUCCAUUCUGGCAAUUGAUGUUGAAAAGCUUAAUAUAUCUGCUGAAGUUGGGGAUGGCGUUGAAGCCACUAUUCAGGUUAAGUCCAUCUUUUCUGAAAAUGCACGAAUAGGUAUUCUUUUUGAAGGAUUCACACUCCAUUUCAAUAAUGCAAGAGUAUUUAGAAGCAGCAGGAUGCAAAUUUCUAGAAUUCCUAAUAUGUCCAACACUCCAAGCGUGAAAAUCGAGAGAGGCACAACAUGGGACUGGCUAAUUCAAGCGCGUGAUGUUCAUAUCUGCAUGCCUUACCGGCUACAGUUGCGUGCCAUUGAGGAUUCUGUUGAGGACAUGAUUAGGGCUCUAAACCUCAUUACUUCUGCGAAAACUAAGCUUAUGUUUCCAAACAAGGAAGAUUAUCCUAAACCUAAAAAGUCCAAGUCAUCAAUGGUUGGGCAUGUAAGAUUUUGCAUACGUGAGUUAACUGCUUAUAUUGAAGAAGAGCCAAUUCAGGGUUGGCUUGAUGAACAUUAUCAGUUAUUGAAGAAUGAGGCCAGUGAGUUAGCUGUGCGAUUGAACUUUCUUGAUGAACUUGUCUCCCGAAGUGGUCAAUCUCUUGGUGCUAUUGAGAAAAAUGCAUCUAUUCUUGAAGGCAAGUUUCUGUUUAAUGGAGAAGAGAUUGACGUGCAGGACAUAUCUGCGAUCCAAAAGUUGAGAGAGGAAAUCUAUAGGAAGUCUUUCUGGUCGUACUACCAGGCAUGUAAAGGUCUUGUGCCAUCACAAGGAUCAGGGGCCUGCAGUGAAGGGUUCCAAUCUGGUUUUAAGCCAAGUACUUCCAGGACUUCUCUGUUUUCGGUUUGUGCUACAGAUUUAGAUGUCAGCUUGGCAAAAAUUGAAGGUGGUGAGAGUAGUAUGAUUGAGCUAUUGCAAAAGCUUGAUCCUAUAUGUCGUGAACAAAAUAUCCCAUUCUCUCGACUAUAUGGAAGUGUUAUCAACUUACGUACAGGCUCCCUUACUGUACGUAUAAGAAACUAUACUUGUCCAUUAUUUGCUGCAAUUUCUGGCAGAUGUGAAGGCCACCUUGUGCUCGCCCAGCAGGCAACUUGUUUCCAGCCCCAAGUUUUCAACAAUGUAUUCAUUGGGAGAUGGAGGAAGGUUGGUCUGCUACGUUCAGCAAGUGGCACCACCCCACCACUGAAAACAUAUUGUGAUUUACCUCUUCAUUUUAAUAAGGCUGAAAUUUCCUAUGGGGUUGGUUUUGAACCCUCAUUCACAGAUAUCAGUUAUGCUUUUACUGUGGCUCUUCGCAGAGCUAAUUUAAGUACUAAGGAUCUGAAUCCUGUUCAUCCUACCCCGAAAAAGGAAAGAAGCUUGCCCUGGUGGGAUGAAAUGAGAAACUACAUUCAUGGGAAAACCACUCUAUACUUCUCUGAAGCCAAAUGGAAUGUUCUUGCGACGACUGAUCCUUAUGAAAAGUCUGACAGGCUUCAGAUCAUAUCAGGUAAUAUGGAGUUGCAGCAGUCUGAUGGCCGUGUUUAUGUUUCAGCCAAGGAUUUCAAGAUUAUAAUAAGCAGUUUGGAGAGCAUACUAAGAAACUCAUCUGUAAAACAUCCAGUUGGUCUUUCUUGUACACUCAUAGAGGCUCCUGUUUUUAGUGUUGAAGUGACCAUGGAAUGGGAGUGUGAUUCUCGAAGUCCCCUAAACCAUUAUUUGUUUGCGCUUCCAAAAGAAGGUGUUCCUCAUGAAAAGGUUUAUGAUCCUUUUAGAUCCACUGCUUUGUCUCUACGUUGGAAUCUGUUGCUUAGGCCUGCUAUUCCCUCUAGCUAUGGCCAGUCAGAGCUUUCAUCUAUUUCUGAUCCGCUUGUCCUUGAUGGAGCUGCCUAUGGUUCAAAUAUGCCCUCAUCUGGUUUCCCAACACUCAAUCUUGGACCUCAUGAUUUAGCAUGGCUAAUUAAAUUUUGGAACUUAAAUUAUGCACCUCCUCAGAAAAUUCGUUCCUUUUCUAGGUGGCCCCGUUUUGGAGUCCCCAGAGUUGCUAGGUCAGGGAAUCUGUCACUUGACAAGGUAAUGACAGAAUUCAUGUUUAGGGUUGAUGCGACUCCAGCAUGCAUCAGGCAUAUGCCUCUAGAAAAUGAUGACCCAGCCAAGGGAUUGACAAUUAAGAUGACAAAGCUAAAGUAUGAGCUUUAUUUUGGUCGGGGAAAGCAAAAAGUUACAUAUGAAAGCCAACGUGGGCCACUUGAUCUUGUCUAUCAGGGUCUUGACUUACAUAUGCCUAAAGCAUUUAUUAAUAGAGAAGAUUGCACUAGUGUCUCCCAAGUAGUUCAAAUGACUAGGAAAUCUUUACAAUCUGGAGCAACGGAAAGAGCUAAGAAUGUGAAAAGUAGCAGUCUGUUGAGUGGUAGCACAGAACGACAUCAUGAUGAUGAUUUUCUUUUAUCAUCUGAUUACUUUACAAUCAGGAGGCAAUCUCCAAAAGCUGAUCCUGAAAGGCUAUUAACAUGGCAAGAGUCUGACAGAAGAAAUCUUGAGGUGACAUAUGUGAGAUCUGAAUUCGAAAAUGACAGUGAAAGUGAUGACCAUGCAAGAUCUGAGCUAAGUGAUGAUGACGGAUAUAAUGUAGUGAUUGCAGAUAAUUGUCAGCGCGUAUUUGUUUAUGGUCUUAAACUUUUGUGGACUAUUGAGAACAGAGAUGCUGUCUGGUCUUGGGUUGGUGGAUUAUCUAAGGCUUUUCAACCUCCACAACCAUCUCCAUCCAGGCAAUAUGCUCACAGGAAGUUGCUUGAGGAGAGUAAGGUGGCAAACAAAUCUGAGAUGUCUCAAGAUGGUAAUUGGAAGUCUCCUAGCCAUGCUGUGAAUACCUCAUCCCCACAUCAUUCAGGGGCAUCAGUAUCACAGUUGCGUUCAUCUCCUUCAAAUUCAGUUAAAGGGGGACCCUCUUUUUUCGAUGAAACUGAAAAGCCUGGUAGCACUGAAGAGUCUGAAGGUGAGGGGACCCGCCAUUUCAUGGUGAAUGUCAUUGAACCACAAUUUAAUCUUCAUUCAGAAGAUGCAAAUGGUAGGUUUUUACUUGCAGCUGUUAGUGGUCGUGUUUUAGCCCGUUCAUUCCAUUCAAUUCUUCAUAUUGGCCAAGAGAUAAUUGAACAAGCACUUGGUGGAAGGAAUGUUCAAUUCCCCGAAUCUCAACCAGAAUUGACAUGGAACCGCAUGGAGUUCUCCGUGAUGUUGGAGCAUGUUCAAGCUCAUGUCGCUCCAACGGAUGUAGAUCCGGGGGCUGGACUUCAGUGGCUUCCUAAAAUCCGUAAAAGCUCACCGAAAGUGAAAAGGACUGGAGCAUUACUUGAAAGAGUUUUUAUGCCAUGUGACAUGUAUUUCCGCUAUACAAGGUAUAAAGGUGGUACUCCUGACUUGAAGGUCAAGCCCUUAAAAGAGCUUGCUUUCAAUUCUCAUGAUAUUACAGCAACAAUGACAUCUCGUCAAUUUCAAGUUAUGCUUGAUGUGCUAACUAAUCUCCUCUUUGCUCGGCUUCCAAAGCCUCGAAAAGUUAGUCUAUCAUGUCCCACUGAUGACGAUGAUGAUGUGGAAGAGGAGGCAGAUGAAGUUGUUCCAGAUGGCGUGGAAGAGGUUGAACUAGCAAGGAUCAAUCUCGAAGAAAAAGAACGCUUCCAAAAGCUAGUCCUGGAUGAUAUCAGGAAGUUGUCUUCUUGUAGCGAUGUUUCUCGAGAUGGAUUUUCAGAAAGGGAACAUGAUCUGUGGAUGGUAACUGGUGGAAGGUCCAUAUUGGUGAAAAAACUGAAGAACGAGUUAGUUAUUGCCCAGAAAUCUAGAAAAGCUGCAUCAGCUUCUCUAAGGUUGGCCCUGCAAAAGGCUGCACAACAACGGUUGAUGGAGAAGGAGAAGAACAAAAGUCCUUCAUGUGCUAUGCACAUUUCUUUGCAGAUUAAUAAGGUUGUUUGGAGCAUGCUUGUAGAUGGGAAAUCUUUUGCAGAAGCAGAAAUAAAUGACUUGAUAUAUGAUUUUGACAGGGAUUAUAAAGAUGUUGGUGUUGCUCGGUUCACAACAAAAUACUUUGUUGUAAGAAACUGUCUGCCCAAUGCCAAGUCUGAUAUGCUUCUUUCGGCGUGGAGUCCUCCUCCUGAAUGGGGAAAAAAAGUUAUGCUUCGUGUAGAUGCAAAACAGGGGGCUCCUAAAGAUGGGAACUCCCCACUUGAACUCUUCCAGGUGGACAUUUACCCCUUGAAAAUACACUUGACCGAGACAAUGUACAGAAUGAUGUGGGAAUAUUUCUUCCCAGAGGAGGAGCAAGACUCCCAGCGAAGACAGGAAGUUUGGAUUUCAACUACUGCUGGUUCAAGGCGUGCAAAGAAAGGUUCACAUGAAGUUUCUACCGGUCAUUUAGGUAAAGAUAUGCAGGUCUUCUCUAAAUCAAGUACCUCUGUGGCACCAUUUACAGGUGGAACUUCUCAGUCUUCAUUUGGUGAUGUGGCAGAAGCAUCAAAGUUGCAGCACUUAAAUACAAAUAUUGUUUCUGGGGUAACACCACAACUGCGACGGACAUCUUCCUUUGAUAGAACAUGGGUGGAAAGCGUUGCUGAGUCUGUAACUAAUGAACUUGUUUCAAAAGCUCAGUCUUCUGAUAUAUCGUCAUCUUUGGCAAAAUGUGAGCCAAAGGGAGUAUGUAUUGAGCAGCAGUUAGAUGACGCAUCUUCUAAGAAUAAGUCUAAACUUAUCAAAUCAGGUCGCUACUCUCAUGAAGAAAAAAAGACAGGAAAGGCUAUUGAUGAAAAACGAUCCAGACCUAGAAGGAUGAGAGAGUUCCACAAUAUUAAGAUUAGUCAGGUUAAUGGUUUGGUUCUUUCGUGUGAUCACAAUUUACUGUUACUUCAUCAUGUCCUAUAAAGAUAGGCUUGCAUUCCAUUGUAGCCCAUCUUACAUAGAUAGUCUGAUUUCUAUCUUGGGUGUUCAUUUCAUAUUGAUUUCAAAGCAACCAAGCUUACCAUUAUUUUACUUUUCAUAUUUAAAGUUCCAAGAUACAAGUUAUUCAUGAAUUAACUCAACAAAAGCAAACAGAUGAUAAUUGCAUAAAAAUAAAUCAUUCCAACUAGUCUUACAAUUUCUUUAUCCUUGAAUAAUUGCAUACAAGCCUU